GCUAGCUUUCUAGGACUGUUGUGCUUUCUUUUAAUAUCCUUUGUUUGACACAGAACAUAGGUUGCUCCUGAAUGUUUCAUUUUUAUUUAUUGUUCUUCCAUGUAAAAUAGAAGAAAAGGAUUAAUUUGGAGUGGUUAGAUGCAGAGUUAGAUUUUCUGUCUGUAUUCAAGGAACAAUUUGAACUUUUAAAUAACUCAUGCACAUCAUAUUUGGCAUUAUCUAGAUAAAAAUUUUUCCAGUACAGGGAAUAUAUGAGCAAUAAAAUAAACAAUAAAAGUAUAAACACUCCCUUCCUUUUUGCUCUCCGGUUUUCUGUUGGAUUAGGAAAAUAAAAAUGGGCCAGCUGUGUACCAAGUGUGUUCAAUUGCUUUACGACUUUGCUGUCUCGGUGAAAACACUGUUGUCAGGUGUGUUGCGGGACAUUAGAGAGUGUUUGGCUGAGAUCGCUGACUGCCCUUGCCUAAAACGAAAAAAUGUUGAAAUGAGGUGGCUCUACAAACCUGUUCUUCAUCCCUAUGAAGAGGAGACUGCCCAAGACUUUCUGCAACACAUUGAAAGAGGUUUUGAAAUGUCAUCACUUGGCAAGAUCUCUUUAGAGGCCUUGAAGACCUUGGCAUUUUCAGAUCACUCAGGCUUGCAAAUGCUUGCUGCUCUCUAUUAUCUACAUAUAAGCCAAGACUUAAACAUUCAACUGUCCCAAGAGCAUUUGGAAACAUACUAUGCUUUGCUGAAGUCUAAUGACUUGGAGGUUCAGCAGAUUUCAUCUUUAUCUCUGCUCAGUUUUUUAUUAGAAGGAAAUGGUGAGUGGAUAACCAAGAAUUCUCUUUCUGAGAAAGUUGAAUGCAACACCUGCCUAAAAUUAACCAAGGAGCAUGUCAUAGAAAUGGAUUUACUUGAGCCAAUCCUAGAGCUACUGGAAUCAGAUGAUAUCAAUAUUCAGGGUAAUUCCUGUGCCUGCUUAAUGAUGCUGGCUGACUCAGAGGCCUGUCGGAAUGCAAUUGCGGCAGCAGGUGGAACUAUACCCUUACUUUCCCUUUCUAAAUCUCAUGAUAUUGGCGUUCAACAAAAUGCUGUUCAAGCUAUUUUCAACCUCACAGGAUCAGAAUGGAUCCAAAGGGUUUUGGUUCGUCAAAGUGCUCUCCCAAUCCUCACCCGUUUAUUAGAGUCUCCUGACACCGAAGUACAGUACUACAGCUGUGCUGCUCUCAGCAAUGUGGCUACAAAUUCACAGCAUCACAAAGCCAUGCUUCACGUUGGUGACAGGUUUCUUCUGCAGACACUCCUUUCUCUCCUGUCUUCAGGUGUGAACAAGAUUUCAAACCAAGCUUGUAUUUGUCUCAGGAAUUUAGCCACAAAUGAGUUUGUUCUGACCAGUCUUGUUGCUAUGCAAAUCCAGUCCCGUCUUCUCCCUCUCUUGACAUUUAGCAAUAAAGAGAUUCAGCAGAAUUCAGUAAUUCUCCUCCAGAUAUUAUCCCAACAUCCAGGCAAUCAGGAUGCCCUGAUGUCUGAUGAGAUGCUGCAAGCUUUGGGGGAACUGUUGCUUACCUGGAGAACAGACCCAGUAAUUGUUGGUCAUAUGGCUUGCCUCCUCAAAAAUCUCAGCCUUUCUAAAAACAUACAGAAAAUCCUAGAAAGUCCAUGCAUCAAAGGCCUUCUUCAAGCUAUCCACAGUGCCCAUGUACUAGAUGAUUCCCUUUUCUAUGUGAUAUCUUGUCUUGCUGAACUGGUGAAGCAUGAAGGAGCCACAGUGCAUAUUGUAGCAUUGAUGGAUGAACCAUGGAUAAAUCAUUUGGUGAAAUUAGCUAACGAGGUGGAACAAACCGAGCUUUCGUUCCAAGCUGCCUUUUUGAUCAAACACUUCGUAAGGCAUGAAGAGGUAGUGACUCUGUUGAAAACUCACAUGAACCAGGUUCAGCAAUAUCUGAUGAAGUAUCUUAUUCACCGGGAGAUUCGUUUUCAGCAUUUAGGCAUAACCACUCUCUGCGCAUUACAGAAAGAUCCAGACUUUUUGGCAGCAUUCAGUAGCAGUGAACUGAAGAAGCACCUUGAUGAAAUCUGUCAACAGACUGAAAUUAUGCAAGAACUUCUCAGUGUUGCUAUUGGACAUAUGGAGGCAUGAGAGACACUUCCAGCCUGCAUAUCAUUAGCCAACAUGGGGACCAUUAGCCUCUGAAUAGGCGGCUGAGCUAAGAUAUUGGCAUCUUAGGUUUAAUGGAUCAGCCUUGGGUAAAUCCACAAUAGCUACAUACAGAAAUUAUGAUGCUCGUUAUUUGGGUAGAAAUUAAAGGGACAUUUCACCCAUCACGAGGCACGUAAACAGACUCCAUUGAAAAUGAUUGGGUUUGUGAUUAUAUCAAAAAUUUGCCAUGUUUGACUUAUCUCAGAUGGCUGAUUCACAUAUACUGUAACUGUUAUUUUGAUGCAUUCAUGGACCAGUCUUAAAGAUAGUUCUACUAUACAGAUGCAAGACAGAUGGAACAAUCUAAACAAUCAAACAAUCUAAUUCUGUUAUACAGAUGAUGCAAUUUUGUACCAUUCUUGCUGAUUUGUAAUCUGCAGAUCUCUGCAGAUUCGGAUUAUCCAUCUUGCCUUGGAAUUAACUUUGGCAAUAUUCUUAUUUUAAUAAACUGUGAUUUGAUUGUUUUAACAGCUUUGAAAUGGGGGAAAAAAAUCUCCGCUAGCAAAUAAUUAUGUGCACGUAGGUUUUCAAGACAAAUUUGUGACGUUUUUAUGAAAAUGGGCAUUUCUAGAAAAAUGUAUAUUUAUGUAAAAUGUUUGUUGUUGUGACUAUUUUAAGAUGCUACUUUUAAGAUGCUACUAUUUUAAGAUGCUGUAUGUUUUUAUAUAGGCAGGAAUGAGUCUUCUCCUCCCUGGGUCAUUAACUGAUACUUCAGGGAAGGGAGCUGGAGCAUUCCCAUCAUAUUAGAACGGUGGUUCUCAACCUGUGGGUCGGGACCCCAUUUGAGGUCGAACGACCAUUUCAUGGGGGUCGCCAAACAACGCAGUCCGCCAUUUUUUCCCCCUUUUCCUUAGCUGUGCUA